UUUAGAACAAUUAUUUGUUGAUUCACUUUAUGCAUUAUCAAUCACAUGAGUGCAGAUUUUCUUUUGUUUUUGUUUUUGACUUUAAAUUUAUGUGCUCUUCCUUUUGUUUUUCUUAUUUUAGUUAGGUUUUAAAUAACUGUUUCAUUUUUAGCUGGCAGUUAGUGUUGUCCUUUUUGGAUGAUAAUUAGUUACAAAAUAUUAAUCCAAAGGAGAAUCAAGCUUUCUGUGAAAGCUAUAACUGAUCAUUGAGAAUUUGAAUUGCUAGAAGAACUUACAGUUUAAGCUGAACUAGAUUAAAUUCUGAUUAAUCAAAUAAAUUAAAUUGCUUUUUAAUCCAUGUUUAUUUUUUUGUUGCUAGUAGUGAAAUCUGAUAUUCUGCUUACUUUCCAGGUCUUAGAUGGCUCAAGAUACUAGUACUAGUAUAGAUUCGCCUAGGCGGCGGUCUGGUCUCUUGAGAGAUCAGGUUCAGUUGGUUAAAAAGAAGGACUCUGAUAGGUGUAGCUGGUCCAUCUGGAGCUGGAAAGACUGUUUUCACUGAGAAGGUGUUCAAUUUUAUGCCUAGCAUUGCUGUUAUUACCAUGGACAAUUACAAUGAUGCUAGUCGAAUCAUUGAUGGCAACUUUGAUGACCCACGGUUGACGGAUUAUGACACUCUUCUCGAAAAUAUACAUGGUUUAAAAGCAGGGAAAGCUGUUCAGGUUCCACUAUACGACUUCAAGACUAGCUCUCGUGUAGGUUACAGAACAGUUGAAGUUCCUGCUUCCCGCAUUGUGAUUAUUGAAGGCAUCUAUGCCUUAAGCGAGAGACUGCGACCAUUGCUAGAUCUUCGUGUUUCUAUUACGGGUGGAGUUCACUUUGACCUUGUCAAACGUGUUCUGCGGGACAUUCAACGAGCUGGACAAGAGCCCGAAGAAAUAAUUCAUCAAAUUUCUGAAACGGUUUAUCCCAUGUACAAGGCUUUUAUUGAACCAGAUCUCCGAACAGCACAUGUUAAAAUAACUAACAAGUUUAAUCCUUUCUCAGGAUUUCAGAAUCCUACUUAUAUUCUGAAGUCAACAAGAUCAGUUACAGCUGAACAAAUCAAGGCUGUCAUUUCUGAAGAUUACACGGAGACAAAGGAGGAAACUUAUGACAUAUAUCUUCUACCACCUGGUGAAGAUCCUGAAGCAUGUCAAUCGUAUUUGAGGAUGAGGAACAGGGAUGGAAAGUACAAUCUUAUGUUCGAGGAAUGGGUUACAGACAGUCCAUUUAUAAUUUCACCCAGAAUUACAUUCGAAGUCAGUGUACGUCUUCUAGGAGGGCUAAUGGCCUUGGGGUACACAAUUGCGACUAUCCUGAAAAGAAGCAGCCAUGUAUUCAGUGACAAUAGGGUGUGUGUUAAAACUGACUGGUUAGAGCAGCUUAAUCGCCAUUAUGUUCAGGUGCAAGGGAGAGAUCGUUUGUAUAUUAAAUUUGUGGCGGAGCAGCUAGGCUUGGAUGGCUCAUAUGUUCCUCGCACUUACAUAGAACAGAUUCAGCUGGAGAAGCUACUCAAUGACGUUAUGGCAUUGCCAGAUGAUUUGAAGACAAAACUCAGCAUAGAUGAUGAUUUGGUUUCUAGCCCUAAAGAAGCUCUCUCACGAGCUUCUGCAGAUAGGAGAAAUAAGUAUCUGAGCCGUAGCAUAUCACUCUCAUCUGCAAAUCAAAGAGACAAGAACCUGUCCAAGUUAACAAGGCUUGCUGUUAACAGUAGAAGGUUUGAUGGAAGAACUCCUGAGCCGCCCACCACACUUGCAAACCAGGGUGUAAUUACUCAACUUUCUGAACAAAUUGCCACACUGAAUGAGAGGAUGGAUGAGUUUACAUCUCGGGUUGAGGAGGUGAAUUCAAAGUUCAGUAUCAGGAAAGUUUCAGGUAGCCAACAGAACUUAGUAAUGCAGGCUGAAGCCUGCAAUGGCUCUGGACCCACUUCUGCUUUUGUUACUGGGUUGGGUAAUGGUUCACUACUACCAACUUCUUCAUCUUCAUCACAACUGGCUAGGGAGUCACCGCUGAUGGAAGAGAUUCUGCUAAUUGCACGGGGACAACGUCAGAUCAUGCACCAACUAGAUAACCUGAGCAAUCUUCUGCACGAAUACUGGGGAGAGAGGGCUCGCCAGGAGAGGAUGGAUAGGAUAGGCAGAGCUACCGAUGUCGACUCCAUUACCCUGCCUGUUAUUCUAACUUUAGUUGCUGGCGGCUUAGGUGUAUUCUUUUUAAGGGGUCUCACAUCCCAAAAGUGAUUUUCAUAUGAAGCAGCAAAAUUUCCCGAUUGUAAGUAUAUGUCAAACCUUGUUCCUAAUAGAGAUACAAAUUAUAGAGUGGGACAGAAAAGAAAAAGUAAGACAGAGCUUGGCACUGUUCUUUCCUGCUGAUAUUGUAAAUAUGAAACCUUCAAGUUCAAAAUAAAGGGAUCUCUUACGAAUUGGUGGUUGAA